AUGUCGUUAUAUAUAAAUUUUAAGUUGUUGUUGUCUGUUGUAUUAUUUUGUCAAUACGUUUACUCUGUUGAUGAUAAACGGAAGUCGGUUAAAAAGGAUGAACAUUUCAACCGUUCUAUUGAUCAUUGGCCUUGUUUCCAGGACGACUUUCGUCAGACAGGCACUGAUGGACAGGGCCAGGGACAGAGUUUGUACUGGUUCGGACCGAGACUUGGCAAACGAUCGGUCGAUGAGCGCAGGGAAACUUUACUGAAGUUGUUCGAAGCAGCUGAUGCCCUCAAAUAUUAUUACGACCAAUUACCUAAUUAUGAAGCUCAAUCCGAUGACGGCGACAACAAAGGUUUCAAAAUUUACUUUACACCGAAAUUGGGCAGAAGUCUAAACAGCAUGUACCAAGACGACAAGAGCUUUGAAAAUGUGGAAUUCACGCCGAGACUCGGCAGGAGACUACCAGAAGACUACGGUGUCACUCAGCCAGACCAGGACGUAUACAAGUCAGACCCUGACCAAAAGGACAGGAGAACUAAAUUCUUCUCACCCAGACUCGGCAGAUCAGUGAACUUCUCUCCGCGUCUCGGUAGAUCCGUUAAUUUUUCACCACGACUCGGCAAAAGUAUCCCAUAUGAUAUCACAUCACUAGUUAUAACUCUUACACACAGCUACGUUCUUCUCGCUGCAAAUUUGGAUGACUUCAAAAAAGUAGCAAGAAAAUUAGUACCUGAAAAACUGGCUUCGCAAUUAGCCGAUUUAGCUACACCCUCUAAAAAGAAAGAUUCAGACGUUUAUAAGCAAACCAAUAAAGAAACCCACGUAGAAGAUACAAGAGUCAUGAGAGACGAUGACGAGGUACAAACACAAGAAGAUCAAGAAAAGGAUACAAAAUACUCCACAGAAGAAGAACAAGCGCAAACAGUACGUCUCACUAAACAGAGCGGCAAUUUAAAAACUAUAAAUUUCGAUGAAUUAGUGUUAGAAGUGAAGAAAAGAAUCGAAGAUGACAUUAUAAAGAAACGAAUGGAACUCGCUAUGGCUCAAAAUACACAUCAACACGAUCAGAAGCCGAAAAUUGGUAAGAACUAUCACAUACAACAAGACAAUGAUAAAUACGCCGAUCAUGUGAGUUCCGUUAACAAAGGUCAUAUUAAACUAGAGAGUAUCGAUAGUCAAAAUGAAAAGUUUGAUAGUAAAGAAGAGGGCACUGAUGAUCAAAACGAUAAAAAAAUGUAUGAUUAUGAAAAUCAAAAAGAACUCGGUCAAUCUGAAGCAAUAAAACAAAUAGAUGACGAAUAUCACGAGACUUACAAUAAAAAACAUGUACAGGAAAGAGAUGAAGUUUUCGAUGACGAAAAACUGGUUGAAAACGAUCAUAUAUAUGGUGAUGGUACACAAAAGACUGACGAAUAUCACACGCAAACAGAAACAGUGGAUAAAUAUGAAACAUACGAUCAGAAUGACCACAAAAGUCAAAUGCAGAUACCUAAUUACGAUGUACAUUCAGAAGAAAACUUAUUCACAAAGACAAAUAUGUCUAAUAAGGAUAGUUACGAAGAUUAUGUCACACCUGAAAAGGAAGGCAAUAUUUAUGCAAGCAAAGAAUCUAAUGCCAAAGGUGGAUCAGUAAAACUUACAAAUGUAGCUGUUACAAAGAAAAUGAAUGUAAAACCGCUAGCGGCAAAAGUAAAAGAUGAAUACGAAACAGAAAAAGAUAAGAGUGAGUACAAUGUGAACCCCGAUGACUGGAAAGCUAAAACUGAAAACAUUGCUUUUGAUUAUGACGCACUACUGCCACAUCAAACUACAGAACAUCAACAAGAAGAAACACAAACGGUGGCAAAUUAUAAAAAUGAAAUAUCAACAAAGAAACGUGAACCUAAGAAAGGUACUUGGAUGCCCAAAAGAGACUUCUAUAAGAUCAGUAGCCCCAAUUAUUAUGCUAAAGUUCCAAUAGCAGCAGAAAAAUAUGAUUUCAACGAACCAAUACCAGAACGAGAUAGAGAGUAUGAAGAUCAAAGAUCUUUUCCGAUACCACCAUCUUUUAUAAACGGAAAAUUGAGAAUUAAACAUGGGUUAUAA